UCUCAACAGCAACCAAAAACCCUAUAAACCCCAAAACUAAUUCUCUGUGUCCCUUUCUUGAAUCAGAUUGCCGGAAGGAAAAAAGGAAGACAAGAAAUGGAUCACAUAGCAGCAGUAGAACAGCAAAUGGUUUCAGAAAGAAUGAGGAGGAAACUUAAUGAAGUAAACACAGCAGCUCAAGCACACCUUGCUCCUGUCCAAGACCACAUCAAUUUCACUCUUCAGCAAGCGUAUUUCAAGUGUGCAUAUGAAUGCUUUGAUAGGUCAAGGAAACAAGACGAGGUAAGCAAUUGUGUUGAACAUUGCAGUGUUCCUGUUGUUAACGCUCAACAGCAUUUCGAGAAUGAAAUGGCCCAGUUUCAAGAAAGGUUAAACCGACCCUUGAUGGUCUGCCAAGAUAAGUUUGAAUCGGCUAAAUUUCAACAAAAUAAGACCGAUGCAGUCAAUGAGAUGGAGUCGUGUGUCAACCAGUCGAUCGAGGAUAACAUGAAGACACUGCCACACCUUGUCAGGAGAAUGAAGUCUUCUUUCAACAUCAGUGCUUGAGCCCAGAAUUUUACUUACAGAUUUUUAACUCAAAGCUUGAGAUUAUAUGUUAUAGGGCAUCUGGCCAACAAUACCCUUAAACUAAUGACCUUUUGUGACAGUUUCUUCUUGGCAGUUGAUUCUGCUUUGAAUUUGAGAAACUGCUUCUUGAUUUCAUGCGUUUAUUAAUAAACCUUGCUCUUGGCAAUACAUAUUUUAUUUGAAUUCGGAUGAA